UGUACUUUCUAGAGUAUUGUAUUAUGUCGGCAAUCGAUCGGAAAUAUUGGAAAAUAAUCUACGGGAAACAAGUUAAGCGAAUGGAAGCGAAAUCUGUUGAAUUUUAGUGAAGUGUGUGGAGCGAGAUAACUUUAAUACUAUAAAUAAAAAUACUGAACUUACAGCAAUUGUAACAGAAAAAAGUUCAAUGAACCGAAAUAUACUAUUAGUAAAAAAGAGGGAAAAUCUAACAAAACAUACUUUCGAUAAUAUUUAGUUGAAGCAACUUAAAAAUGAUCUUUGCAUUAAAAACUUGUUUGAUUGUAUUUGUUCUUCAAUGGAACAUCAACGAAUCUAGCAUGCAGGAAGCUGAGAUAGUUAAUGAAACACCUCUUCAAAGAAGUUUGAGUGAAAACUUAAACUUUGCAUUUGCAAGUUUAAACCAGAAUACGGUCGCGCCAGAGACUAAGACAGAUUAUGAGGAAACAGAUCUUAACUCGUUAUUUGUGAAGUACGGCACUGAUGAUGGGAAUACCUGUCUUUUGGAUAACAUUAAACAAGAAAUACUAUGGUGGACUUUUCGUAAUGGCACCCUGAAAGCAACAAAUACUAAGUAUGCUGCAAAUAUGCACUUGGAUCUUUCAUAUGCAAAUAUCUCAGAUGAUGAAGAAUUGCUGAAUAAAACUAGAUUCGGUUUUAGAUAUAGACUUCAAAAAGUUGAAGUUUUCUCUGCUGCCUACAAUACACUAAAUGCAGUACCAUUCCAAACUCUAAACACAAUGAGCCAAUCAUUAAAAUAUCUAUCGCUGCAAGGUAACCAGUUUGCAGCUCUCAACCACGAUGUAGAAGCCAUUGAGCAAUUUUUACAAGAUACACUAAACACCAAUCCAAACAAUGGCACACAAAUCAAUUGCGAUGAGCUUUUAGCUAGCAAUUAUAGUAAGAAUUCUGAUCUUUAUGAUCGGGAAUGUUCUUCAUCGUACCAAAACAAUAAAAAAAUUGGCAAUGCAAUAAAUACACAAGAUAUUAUAUAUGAGGAAUACCUAAGGAAUCUUAUAAAAAAACUCAAAAUUUUCGGCAAGUCAAAGGAAAGUAUAGCCUGGGCUACUUUUCCGAGUCUGCCAAAUUUAUUGGAGCUUGAAAUUAGCAACUGCAGCAUUGAGUAUGUGAGCAAAUACGCGUUUAAGAAUUUAACAGGCCUGAGAAAGCUUUUCAUGUCGAACAACAAAAUAAUGACAAUUGAUUAUGAUACCUUUUACUAUAUCCCUAGAGUACAAUAUCUAGAUUUGUCAUUUACAAAUGUUUUGAACUAUAAUUAUCAGUUCUCGGCGCGCACACUUGAAAUGAUCUUAAAUAUGCUGUAUGGUCUAAAGAUACAUCAGACUGUAUUUAAGUACUUACCAGAUCUUAUUUAUUUAGAUCUCUCGCACUCGAAAAUAACGAGAAAUAGUGCCGUUGCCUUUACAAAUCUUGGCGAUAAGCUAAAGUAUCUGAGUCUCUGCUACACCUCGUUUCCCAUGAUGAGCAACGGCUUAUUUAAGAAUACAGCUCUAGAGGGACUCGAUUUGUCCGGCAAUCCGUUUGUUUCCUAUAACAUUUUGGACGAUGCCUUCGACAGCAUAAGCGAAACACUGAAAUUUCUUUCUUUUGAACACUCCAAUCUGAAGGACAUUGACUGGCUGAAACCACUUAAGAAAUUGCAAAAUUUGUGCUUGGCAGGCAACAAUAUAAAUGCCCUCAGUGCCGAUGUAUUUCAAACGUUGGUUAGUUUAAAACAGCUUGAUCUGAGCUACAAUCACAUUGGCAAUUGGUACAAGAGUGUCUUUUCACAUAACAGAGCGCUGCGAGUGCUCAACUUGCGCAGCAACAACGUCAACAUGUUGACCACGGAAAUGCUGAAGGAUUUCGAGACAUUGGAGUAUUUGAGCUUGGGCAAUAAUAACUUCCUCUGUAACUGCAAUCUACGGGAGGUUGUUGAUGUGGCUUCCAAUAAUAAUAAGGAUGCUAACUGCGCCUUUGACUUUUUACAACACGCAGCGAGUGAGCUAAUUUUCCAAUCCAAUACCAGCAGCUUGAGUAAGGCUCUUUACAAACAUAUUGAAGAGUACAUGUGGAAACGAAGAUAUAUUCCAUUGCUUAGUGACAGCCACAAAAACAUAAAGGACUUCAAGCGCCUCAAGAAUAUCGUCAAAAUGCAGUUUGCUUCAAAGAAUAUAAGCAGUAAGCAAUGUCCUUCAUCAAAGCUGACCAAAGUGAAUGACACGAGCUUGAAAUUUCAAUUACUGGACUAUGAUGCACAGAACUAUUGGUGCUUCAAUGAGACGGACAAGUUGCAGGUGGAUGAAAUAGUUUGUCAGAAUCGCAACUUGAUUGCCUUUGAAAAUGAGCUGCACAGUGCCAUGAAAAUUAUAACAGUUACAGUUGGCAGCCUUCUCUUCAUAUUCAUUGUGGCAUUUGUUAUAUAUCUAAAACGUUGGCACAUACACUACUAUUAUGCUUCACUUAAGUCUGCUGCACUUUUGUCUACUGCCGCUAAAGAUAGGUUUCGACAUCUAACCGAAAGCGACCCGAGUGUUAUAUAUGAUAUAUUUAUCAGCUAUUGCCAAAAUGAUCGACAGUGGCUUUUAGAUGAGCUGCUGCCGAAUGUGGAGAAAUCUGGUGACAUUUCAAUAUGUCUGCACGAACGUGAUUUUCAGAUCGGAGUUACCAUAUUGGAUAAUAUUAUAUCCAGCAUGGAUCGCUCACGCUCUCUAAUGUUACUGAUAUCAUCAAAGUUUUUGCUCAGUCAUUGGUGUCAGUUCGAAAUGUAUCUGGCUCAACAUCGUAUAUUUGAAAUGAGCAAAGAGCAUUUGAUACUUGUAUUUCUGGAAGACAUACCGCGUAGCAAACGACCAAAAACCCUACAGUACCUAAUGGAUAUAAAGACUUACAUUAAAUGGCCAAGUAAAGGAGAUAAACAGCCAUCUUUGGAAGAACGAAAACUAUUUUGGAAGCGCCUUAGAAAAUCUUUGGAAUUUAUUGGCAUUGGCACAAAAGAUUCCAAAGUCUAAGUCCAAAAGUCCGUAUAGUUUUUUUUAUUAAACUAAGAUUCUAGUCUGUUAAUUAAGUACCUGAUAUACACAUGAAUUACCUUUAAUAAAAAUGCUUAA